AUGGGCAAGCGGGAGGCCCAGCAACAGCGAGGAGCGUUGUCGCCUGAAAAGUCAAACUGGAGCUCCGGCUUAGGGCAGGGACUUCCUUUCCAGGGGACCCGGGCACCAACCAGAAUGAAGUCCUGCUGCACCGGCCAGAGGCGAAAGUGGGGUGUGGAACGCAAUCUGGAAGAAUUUGGCUGGACUCGGGUCCUCGCAACCCCAGCUUUGGACUUGCGGCCCGAGCCGAGCGCAUCCCUGAGUAGCAACCUUAUUACUGCUAUUUUUAAUGCUAGUGAAGUUUUGCUAAAUAAAGGUCACCGGGAUGCUAAAUCGCUUUAUUAUAUCAAUAGGAGUUGGGAAGGGAGGCCGCGGUUGAACAGCAGCAGUCCCUGGGCCUCGGGCGGGGAACCCUGGACGAGGGUGAGAAGUUGGGGAGAGGGCGCGCUCCCAGUGCCUGGCAGGGUCGCUCAGCCAGCUGCUGGGUGGCGGCAGGGUGAGCCCGGCUCGUCGCGCCGGGUGACCAAAGCUCCGCCCCCAGCUCGGCUCUGCUUGAUUGACACGCAGCCUCCGGGAAGCAGCGGAGCAGAGAUUGCGCCCAGGACCCCUAGACUCUCCGAGGUGGUCCACUGUCUGCAGCUCGCCGCGGGACUACGCUCCGAGUUAAGCUGCUCCCGUCUUGUACUAGAAAAAAGAAAUGAAUAUUGACAACAAGGGCUCUGCAUCUGCUCUAGGAAAAAAGUGCUACUUAACAACAACAACAACAAAUUUAGCCCCGCGGUGGUACAGUCGCUGAGCGUGCUGCUUUAGGUUGUUAGCUGGAGACU